AUGGCUUGGAUCCAGCCACGUUUCCUUCUCCUGCACUGCUGUAAAGGGCUUGGAUCCAGGUCGAUCUCUGCUAGCAGGCCACGUUUCCUUCUCCUGCACUGCUGUAAAGGGCUUGGAUCCAGGUCGAUCUCUGCUAGCAGGCCAUGUUUCCUUCUGCACCGGUAUAAAGGGCUUGGAUCCAGGUCGAUCUCUACUAGCAGGCCACAUUUCCUUCUCCUGCACUGCUGUAAAGGGCUUGGAUCCAGUUCGAUAUCUACUAGCAGGCCACGUUUCCUUCUCCUGCACUGCUGUAAAGGGCUUGGAUCCAGGUCGAUCUCUGCUAGCUGGCCACGUUUCCUUCUCUUUCACCAGUGGAAAGGGCUUGGAUCCAGGUCGAUCUCUGCUAGCAGGCCACGUUUCCUUCUCCUGCACUGCUGUAAAGGGCUUGGAUCCAGGUCGAUCUCUGCUAGCAGGCCAUGUUUCCUUCUGCACCGGUAUAAAGGGCUUGGAUCCAGGUCGAUAUCUACUAGCAGGCCACGUUUCCUUCUCCUGCACUGCUGUAAAGGGCUUGGAUCCAGGUCGAUCUCUGCUAGCAGGCCACGUUUCCUUCUCCUGCACUGCUGUAAAGGGCUUGGAUCCAGGUCGAUCUCUGCUAGCAGGCCAUGUUUCCUUCUGCACCGGUAUAAAGGGCUUGGAUCCAGGUCGAUCUCUACUAGCAGGCCACGUUUCCUUCUCCUGUACCGGUGUAAAGGGCUUGGAUCCAGUUUGAUUUCUGCUAGUAGGCCACGAUUCCUUCUCCUGUACCGGUGUAAAAGGCUUCGAUCCAGGUUGAUCUCUGAUAGCAGGCCACCUUUCCUUCUCCUGCAAUGGUGGCAAGGGCUUGGAUCCAGGUCGAUCUCUGUUAGCAGGCCACAUUUCCUUCUCUUGCACCGGUGUAAAUGGCUUGGAUUCAGGUUGAUCUCUGCUGAAGCUUCCCUCUUUAGCUUGCCUUAUGUGGAUGGAUUAUUAUAAACACUGAAGGCGUGGGGAAGCACCUUUUUACAUAGUGCUCCUGCAGGCCUUCUGCUUCCCUGUCUAUGUUGAAGGGUGAUGGUAGAUUUUAUUGAUCCACUUGUACCAGCCAGCGUGUGAUGAAUUCCCCCUCCAC